UCCGCGUGAGGCUGCCACCUGAACAUUCGAAAUGUCAGCAGAGUGUUCGAGCUCGUCCGCAGCCGCAGAGAAUCACGAAAUCGAAUCGUAACUAGCUGGGAGCUUCUUUCUCACUCACUCCAUCAUUUCUCACCGACAUAUCUGAAUUUCGCUUCUCUCGCAGACUCAGUCAGUCGAUUGUGCUUUGAAUUGGAACCGGAUCAAUGCAGAAUGGAUUGGGAGAUGACACAGGAUGACGAGCAGGAAUAAUGGUUCAGAUUAGGGCGGAGGGGAUCGAUUUUCCUGGGCAAGGAUGGAAGGAAGGAGGGGGUGGGAGAUGCUUAUUGUAGUGCGUAAGCAACCGUGAGUUUUCCCUGGAGGCAGCGAUAUUUCGUUCGCCCUGUUUGAGCGACAUGGUUCUACAAUCCAGGACCGUUGUGUGCUAUGAAAAUCGCCUUCUUGCGGAUUGGUUCUUUCGAAAGUAUCAAGAGCUCGAUAUUGCCGAAAUUCGCCAGCCGAACGCGGAGGAGACACUGAAGAGAGCAUUCGUGGGAGUCUGUGAAUAUCCGUCUUAUAUAAAGAAUCUUCAUGACGCGAAGAAAAUCAAGGGCAUUGGCCCGUGGCUGCUGAAGAAGAUGAAAGAAGAAUUUUUCCAUCAGGAAAGCAACUGUGAAUCACCUGCGAAAGCGGAUGCGCCCGUAGAAAGAGGUUCAAAAGAACGAGCGAAAAAACGUUAUCUUCCAGGGAAGAAUACGGCUGCUUACGCACUUCUGAUAACUUUGCUCAGGGCCCAUCGAGCCGGUCAAGAAUUCAUGAAGAAGCAAGAACUGAUCGACGCUUCUGAGAAGUCAGGUCUUUCUCGAAAACCGAUCAUACCCCCAAAAAAUUCAAUUUGGAAUGGCUCGCGUUCUGGGAGGGACUUUUACUGCGGAUGGAGCACCAUGAACAACCUCGUAUCGAAAGGACUUGUCAUCAAAGCGAGUAAUCCUGCAAAGUACAUGCUAACCGAAGAAGGCAAGAUUACUGCACAAGAAUGUAUCGACAAGUCAGGUCUAGUUCGGGAGGAUGCACAAGAGCCUUGUUCAGAAAGCGAAGAGGACAUAAGGGGAGAAUCGAAUCCAAGGGAAUGUCAGGAUGGAUCCCUCUCGGAAGGAGAAAACAGGCCAGAAUUUACUGCGGGCAUACAAGACACUAUUAGGCCAUAUCAAAAUCAAAGUCAAGGACACAGGUUUAAGGCCUCCUAUCAGAGUGUCUGUUCUCAAGACUCCUCUGCGUACCCUAUCUCAAGCAGGACUUUGAGACAAGACGAGACAGCUGCACUAGCCUCUUCGUGGCCGAGUGGAAUUGCCAACUUGACUGCUACUGGUAUUACCUCCGCGUCGAUGGAUACCACGGCGACUGGUGUUGUUGACAAGAGUCUUUCAAACAGCUUUCGACAAUCUCUUUUGAAUGGAUCUCAAGACAGGGGACUUUCAUCGGUUAGCAGCACAGACUCACAGAAUGACCUCGCGAUACCACCGUUGAAUAUCGGAGAGAAGUUCUCUGAUGUGUACGAUGUCGUCUGCAUCCUGGAUCGUCGAGAACAGUUCAGACGGGGAUCUGCUGGAUCUCAUUUGCAGAAGUUUGCGGAGCGCUUAGAAACACAAUUUGAGAUAAAGGUGGAGACAAGGCAAGUGCCCGUUGGAGAUGCCAUUUGGAUUGCUCGGCACAAGCAAACAUCGGAAGAGUACGUUUUAGAUUUUGUGAUAGAAAGAAAGGCGGUGGACGAUUUAUGGAUGUCGAUAAGAGACAGCCGCUACAAAAAUCAGAAACUGCGCUUGUUGAAAAGCGGCUUGAAGCGGCUGAUAUACUUGGUGGAAGGGGACGUAAAUAUGAUAGAUUCCACCGGGUCUUGCAAGACAGCGAUGUUUAGUACGGAGAUAGCUGAUGGAUUUCAUGUGCUGCGAACUACUGACACAAACGACACGAUGAAACAAUAUGGGCACCUAACCCUUGCGAUAAAAAGUCGUUACCAAGCGGAAGUGGGCAAGAGAGAGAACCAGACUGGUGCUUCUUGCAGAACAUACCCAAACUUUGUGGAACACUGCAAGGAUCUUGAUAGGGAUCGAGUCACAGAUAUUUUCUGCCUUCAACUGAUGCAGAUCAACCACGUAACAGAAGAUAUAGCUCUUUCUAUUCAGGAUCAAUACCCUACAAUUUACUCGCUUGUGCAAGCUUACACAAAACUCGAAGGCAACGUUGGCGCACAAGAGAAAUUGCUGCAAGGCAUUCCCAUAAGAGGUUCUUCGAGGACUAUAACUCCUGUCUUGAGCAAAAACGUUUACAAGCUUAUUUGGGCCUCGUAGAAAUUAUUUUGUCGGUAUUGUCAAUCAGAAAAUCAUCAAUGCAAUUCUCCAGAAAGGAAAUCCAGACGCUACUGGAUCUGACUGAGAAAGAGCUAUGUCUGUGCUUUCUUAGGGAUACCAUUAAGCUUCGAAGACCUGGGACUUUACUGGAUGACCUUAUUUGGUUGCCUCGUCAUUCGAUUGGUUCUAUUCUAGGCAUAUCCUCCACGACUUGCAAUUGCCAUCGGACCUACGUAAGGACCGUUGGCCACGAUUGACGAUGGGACCAAGGGCUAAAUGCAGACCUCCAAAUGUCAGUUCACACUUUGCGUUGAUGCAUCACGCAGUCCUCUCCAAAAAUGCUUGUAAUCAACCCUCUCAUCUAGAACGAAGAGGGGACGCCUCAGUUUUCGUGACUUUAGUUGAGAGUCAUGCACCAAGGAUCAUGUACUGCGGAGAGUCCUCGAACAGGAAUAUUGCACGAAUCCACAUACACAUUAGCAGAAUGAAAUCUUCGCUCUUCGCGGGAUGCCAGGAUAAAAUGCUUUUCGAAGUAGCAUAGAAAGCAAGGCAAGCCUACCUACGAAGAACUGGGUGUAAAAUGUUGUAAGCUGGAUCGUCGUGCCCGAACAACACUAACUUUCACCUUUUACAGAGAACGCACACAUGUUCCUGUCGAACGCGUUCCACACAUAGCGGAACUAGCCUUGUAAAAGCUGACAGGAAAUAAUCCUCUGAUUAUUUAAUGCAGCGAAGGACCCAAGGAGCGUGGAGGGCUCGUCUUUUGUGUCACUUUUACUCACCAUUUUAUAAGUGUCCGCGGACAUUUCACAUCAUAACUUCUAUCUUUAGCUAAUCCUGGAAUUGCUGUAAACCUAGUGGUGUUCUCCAUACAUCCACUCAUCAUGA